GUACAGUCAACUCUACUUAUAGUCACUACAGUUAAUAUAAAACUACUGGUUAUUGUCACACAAAAUUGAGUCCCAAACAUGCAAAACACCUCAAUGUGGUUCCCUUUAAAAUCACACUCCGCUUGCUGCCACAGCUUUUCAAGCAACAUUUGGAGUGACGAUAACCGGAGUCUACUGUAUUAAGCUCCAUGAAUCUCAAACACCCGACAAGAUAAUUGAAAUGAUACCUGUUACCCGAUGAAAACAGUUGCAGGUAGUCAGUGAAACUGGGAGCUGAAAAGGAAAAAAGGAGGCUGGUAUGGGACUUAGAAGCGAGGCGAAGAAAUGAGGCUUUUUCGUGAUACACCCUCCAUAAAUCUUUUUCGUGAUACACCCUCCACGCAUUUACUAUAAAUCUUCAAUAAAUCCAGGUCUUGAAUACAGGUAGAACACUGUUCAGGAGCAUGUUCCUACAAAUAUUUCAAGGACGUUAGCCCAUUGUAUGAUUUUCAUUUCAAAUUUAUUGCCAGUUAAAUUGUAAAAAAGUAAUGGGGAAUGCUAGGGUGUAUUCAGCACCAUUAUUCCCCAUUUGUUGCAUCCUGUUCUUCAUAAGCUGGAUCAAACGUCUGUAACUUGAAGGUUUGCUGUCUAGCUCACUGAUGUAGAAAUGCGAUAAAAUUUUCGGAUUUUGAGCACAAAUCAUGUUGAUUUUAUAGGUUCAUUCUCCAUUUUUAGCAUCGCUAAUAUCGCUGCUGUACCUGAAACUGCAACUUGUCCACAUUAGAGAUAUACUUUCUAAGAAGAUUUCCACACGGAUUCGAUAUUUUAUGCAAGAAUCAGUUAAGAUAUUUUUAACUGGCAACAAGAAUGUUAUUUGACAAAGCAAACUAUCUGUAAUGAGCUAGUUUUUGCGCAACUAAGAGGGACUGUAGCGUCUCUCCAUAUCUUUUGUUGAUUCAGAUAAGCAUUACCAAAAUAACUUAGCCUUUAUCGAACUCGAAAGAAAUUCGUAAAUAACAGUUUACGAGUUUGCUGCACAUAAAGGAACGCAUUCGCGCAAAAUUACACGCUUCAGCUAUUUGUCAUGGAUUGCGAGAGACGUGCCCAGGCUUCCAGAGCAUAUCGAAUUUGUAACUGCGUUGAUACCUGAAGAUUUCGACUUCUUGUGUUGCGAUUUGCAUCGACUCUUUCACGAAAAAAUGACGUAGGGUUGAAUGGAAGUGAUGAACCCAAGAAGCGAGGAUGAAAUGUCUAGUUGUUAUUUAUUUGGCAUUUGGCGUAUGGGUCUUUGUGAAUUGUGGAGUGAUAAAAAGGGACAAUGGCGAACCUGCGAUCGACAGUUCUGGUCAAGAGAUCAAAAAUAACACAGAAGCUUCGAAUUCGUCAGAAAAUCAGACGGAGGCCAAUAAAUCUGUAAUCCAAGAGUCUGGAGCAAAGCGAAAAAACGUUCCCGAAGCAACUUUACGUGGUCACAAAGAUGGACGAAAAGGCAAUAGGACGUCCGAUAAAACCAGUGAAUCAGUUACAGUAACAGGGCAAGAACAGCCGUCUUCUGGACUAACCGGAUCUGACAGCAAAUAUGACGGCGUUAACGACGAUAUCACUAAAGCAUCACAGGAAGUUGCCGAGAUAAGCAGGCUUAUAGGAAAGCCCUUGACAGAUUCUCAUGCAUUAGCCAUGUUAAAGAGCAUUCUGUUGGAGAAAAUCCAUACAAAACUAGAAGAAACCAAAGACACUGUCUCGGCUUCAAGCAAAAGUACUGAGGAGGGUGUAAACAAGUUUGUUGCUGCGUUGGCAGCAUCACAGAAAAAUGACGCCAAAGACGAAACCACAGAGCCUCAGCAAAAGUCUGAAAGUCAUAAGAUCAGCAAUAUUAAAGAAAAAAUCAAAUGUUCGGACCAAGAACCAACUGAGAAAUGUCAGUAUUUGAAGAGGCUAGGCCUGUGCGACCACAAGGGUCCUGGCGAAGUGAGAGUUAGGUGCCAGCUGACGUGUGGCGCAUGCCCAGAUUGUUCUGGCUGUACCACAAUCGACUGUGGUACAAUCUGCAUUGGAUAUGACGUCACACCUACGGUUCCACCUCCUCCGCCUCCAGCUCUCCCUGAAACCGCCCCUGUCCCAGCACCUAUUCCACCCCCAGCACCUAUUCCACCCCCAGCACCUUUUCCACCCCCAGCUCCUAUUCCACCUCCAGCAUUCAUCCCACCUCCUGCUCCACCAUCCGUAGUCCCUCCUCCGCCCCCUCCCCCCUUACCAGUUGCUGUACCCUCACCUGCUCUACUAGUCCCCACUGCUACAGCCCACCCGCACAUUAUAGCAGCGGCAGAGCCAGCUCAUGUUGAAGCUGUACAUGGUCACGACAAACAGGGACAUGCAGUUGUAACUACAAUCUCACCCUUAGCACACAUGCACCCGACUUUACCAGUGGCGCACCCUCCAACGAUCUUGCCAACAAACCAUCUUCAUUUGAUUGCCACACCAACAGCACCAGCAGUAUUACCGCCAUCGCCAGCCAUACCUUCACCACCCUGUCAACCCGUUGUACCAACAGAGGUUCACAACGUGCCACCACCUGUAGUACCUCCCCCACCUCCUUGCAAACCCGUGGCACCUACCUGCCCUCCUUGCAAACCAACAGCGCCUACAUGCCCACCAUGUAAACCAGCGCCCCCGGUUUGCCCGCCACCUGAACCCAACCCGCCACCUGUUGUUCAUGUGCCAACAAAGGCACUUCCUCCUUGUGUUCCUGCGCCAGAGCCGGCGGUAAGACCUGUCGAGAUGCAUGCAGAAGGACAUGUUACUGUUGUAGCUGCAAAGCCUACAGCAGUUGUUGAUGAUCAUUUACACCCGGAAACAGUUGCCCAACCAAGCAAGCCUACUUGGCAUCAUCAUCACCAUCACCAGCAUCCCGCUACUGUACCCACCAUGCAGCCAAUGAUUGGUACAACUGUACAGACAGGUGUUGUGCCGCAUGCAACUACACCAGUGGCUCAUGUAGAGGUGAAUGCGGCGUUUCCCGUUGAAGCGGCCAAACCAGCCGUUGCCCCAGUCGUAAUAAAUCCAGUGACAAGGCCACAUCCAACCGUCCCUGCCAAUCCGCUCCCUCCUGCUGCUCCCGCCGCGGGUACGUGCUGUAAUCAAGAUGUUCAAAAGUGUGCUACUCCGGUUGAUAUUGGCCUGGUUUUGGAUUCAUCAGCAGGCGUUCGCGGUCGUUGGGGCUAUAUUAAAAAUUUUGCAAAGUCUCUGAUCGAUCAUUUCAAAAUGGGGGAAUACGCGCGUUUUGGCGUCGUGCAGUUCGACACGAUAGCAAAAUUUCCCAUCAGGCUUGAAACGUACAAUGACGCAGAAAUGCUAAAAGUGCACGUUCAAAAACUUCUGAUGAACCCCUAUGGAAAAAGGCGAACAGAUGACGCAUUGAAAAUUGCCCGAGAUGAUUUAUUCCGCACAGCAAGAGCUGGAGUUCGUCGCGCGAUGGUUAUUGUAACAAAUGGACGGGCAAACGGUGACGAUCCAACUAUAAAUUGGAGCCAGAUGAUAGUCGAGCCUGCAAGAGAGCUCCAGGAGGCUGGCGUUGAGGUGUUCGUUGUCGGUGUAACUGCCCAUGCGGCCCCAGAAGAGCUGAAGAUCAUGGCUACUGAUCCUAGCACACAGCAUGUGUACCAAGUGCCAACGUUUGACCAAAUACUGACUGUAGUGGAGCCGAUAGCAACACGGAUUUGUCAUGGUUGGGUAUCUGUUGUGAAUGCAUUGACUGAUGGUAUCCAUCUCACUCUCGGUGGUUCGGUUUCACAACCAUUAGCCGGUUCGCUAUAUACGCCAACCGGUCCUUAUGGUUGUAGUGUAAAAUACGCCAAGUUAGGAUGUUACAGUGAUGACGGCAACAACCCGCGACCCUUGUCCGAAGAACUCUUCACGGACAACAGCCCUACUUCGCCUGUUGCCACUGGUAGACAUGUGGACUAUGACAACUGGGACAAAUAUCUGCCAACUAUUGUCUGCAGGUGUGCAGAGAUGGCAAAUCGAAAAGGGUAUAAUGUCUUCGGCGUGCAGAUGUUUGGGUCGUGUUGGUCGGGGUCACAGGCAGGGCAGACAUAUGCCGUUGAUGGAGAGGCGGACCAGGACAUGUGUAUUUCUUUUGGAUUCAAAGCAUGUGCACCGACAGACGGUGUUUGUGUAGGAAAACAGCAAACGAAUUUCGUAUACACAUUUGAUGACGAGGCUAGAUGAUUCGAUGUAUUUUUUGCCUCUAGGAGAGGAAAUUAUUAGAACUGGGAAGAUGAUAUCUGAACCAGGUUGAUUAAAGUGCGCAUACAGUAUCAAACCGAAGAAGGGUGUAAUAUUUUUUAAUCCCAUUCAAACUGUGCACCGUCUUGGAAUCAAGCAACAAAUCACACAUUAUAACACAAUUAGUAACGCUAAGAUCAUAUGGCGUGAUUUCAAAUACGUUUUGCAACAGAGCUGCUUCACUCUCUGUACCAAAUAAGUAACUUUCAGAUAUGCUACCUUCAGGCAGGGCCAGAUUAGGUGCAAGGUAGGUUCUAUUUGUGCUGCAGGGUUAGGCCCAUUACUUAAAUAGGCCCAUGUGAAAACAGACGAGAAUACUUCGAAGUUUAAUAUCCCCAAUAAUAUAUUUUGGAAAGAGUACUUGGUUUGCAUACAGCCAGCGUAUAACUUUGCUACUUGUUUUUUAUUAUUAUGGAAACAUUGCAACGUUUUAUUGAAAAAAAAUGGCAUGAAUAGGUCAGAAAUAAAAUUAGAAAAGAUAAAAAAUUAUUUGAGCUUGUAGAUAACAAUUUUUUAUAGAUAAACCAGGCCUUUAAAAUGCUCGUUUUUCUUUUCUGUAUGACUGAACUAUUUCUUUUCUCGAUGAUACACAUGCACCUUAGCAUCGUUUGCUAUCGGGACCUAAGGCAAACUGCCUUGGCUUAAAGUAUCUGAAAAUUGUCUUGACUGCCGAAAACCGUUACUUUCAAAUCAAAAUACUUUAAAAGCUACCUAUUUCAAUGAAAUCUUGUAAAACUUUCUAUUAUUUCAAACAGCCUUCAACUUUCUAUAAAUGGUAGUUUUCUUUUUUGAUCAAAAAAUGGGUAAUUACCAGCAUCUCUUCUAUCUAUGUUACUAGUAAAUUGAUUAAAAUCCUGAACACAAACCACUAUUUCUUUCUAACAUCUAACACUUUACUUUCUUAACAAAAUCUGGCGGCACAUAAUCUUUGAAAUUUCAAGAAAGAAUUAUGUUUAGACUGACUGAAAAUCUUCUGACCUCCGCAUUUCAUUAAAUAUCAAACACAAAAGCUUUUGCCUGUUAAAACCUUGGUCAGAAGAGCCGAUAGUUUUCGUAAGGCUCUAACAAUAUAUUGUAUCUUUGAUAAUAAAUUGUAUCUAAAAUUUCAUUAAAUCAUCGCAUCUAGAAUGCUGGUAAGAACCUCCGUCAAAAUCAUUCCUUGCUACAUUGGCAAACAAUGUUUUUACCAAUUGUGACCUUGCAAAAUUUUAUAAAAUUGAAUCUUUUGAACUUCACCAUUUUCAAAUGGGUAAAAAAAGACAUUGCUAUAUUUUCUUGUUAAAUCAAAGAAAUAGCUUUUUAUUCAUGAUAAUAAUGAUUUAACAAAUGCAUAUUAAUCAAUCCUUAUUUUUUGAUAACAUUCCUCAGCUGAAUAAGUGUGUAUUGAAAAUAUUUCAUGAUGUAACCUGUAGUUUUACUUUCUGAUCAAAACAGAUGUGGUCAUUAAAAGUAAAUAAAGUGAUAAUAUGAACAUAACUAAAUAAAUUCUAAGCACUUAAUUAUUUUAUAAAUCGACACCUUUAAAGCAAUAUUUUUCA